ACGUGGCGCACGCAUCCCAGUGAAAAUGAUACACCCUCUUUUUAACGAAGCAACGAAGACAACGCAUUUAGGUCAAUUGUUUCUUUCACUCUUCAAAGUUUUUAUCAGAAACCGCCACAAAAACAGUUUUGAAAUUAACUGCAUUGGGUUUUGUGUUUUUGGUGGGAAAAUCGUAGUAAUCAUGAAUGGUGGAGGGUGUGAAGUGAAGGAGAAAAUGGUAUACAUGUGGGGUUAUUUACCGGGAGCUUUACCGCAAAGGACGCCGUUAUUGACGCCGGUACUUGUUAGGGUUCCGGCUACAUCUGGUGGUUAUAACUGGAAGGAUGUUUCUGGUGGUGGUUGUGGAUUUGCCAUGGCUAUAUCUGAAUCAGGAAAGCUUAUAACAUGGGGUUCGACAGAUGAUCUAGGCCAAAGUUAUGUGACGUCCGGCAAGCACGGGGAAACUCCAGAGCCGUUCUCUCUUCCAAAUGAAGUGUCUAUUGUAAAAGCUGCUUCUGCGUGGGCACAUUGUGUUGCCGCGACAGAUUGUGGAGAAGUUUACACAUGGGGAUGGAAGGAAUGUAUUCCUUCUGGGAAGGUAUUCGGUGAAACUUCGCAAGGGGUAAGUCCUGAAAAAGAUGCACAAGGAAAGCCGAGUUCAUUCUUGACAGAACAAGUGAGCUCUCGUUCUCAAGUCUCAAAAUCCACAGGAGGAACUGUUUCAAGUGGAGAAGAAAGUAGUAAGAGAAGGAAAGUAUCUUCGGCAAAGCAAGCGGCUCAAACCUCGUCAUCUGGUGAUGAUAUUCUAACAGCAAUGCCAUGUCUUGUCACACUGAAUCCAGGGGUAAAGAUAACAAGUGUUGCUGCUGGUGGGCGUCAUACCCUAGUAUUGUCAGAUAUAGGACAGGUGUGGGGUUGGGGCUAUGGAGGUGAAGGGCAGCUUGGUUUGGGCUCCAGAGUACGUAUGGUGUCCUCUCCUCAUAUUAUUCCUUGCAUUGAUUCCUCUUCACUGGUUCAGGGAAGCAUGAGUUCAGAAGGACACAAUUUUAGGAUUCCUGGAAGUUGUAUAAAGGCUAUUGCCUGUGGUGGUCGACAUAGUGCAGUAAUCACAGAUGCUGGAGCUGUGCUUGCGUUUGGUUGGGGACUUUAUGGACAGUGUGGGCAAGGAAGCACUGACGAUGAACUAAGUCCGACCUGCGUAUCUUCCUUAUUGGGCAUUCAAAUAGAGGGAGUUGCUGCAGGUUUGUGGCAUACUGUCUGUACAUCUGCUGAUGGUGAUGUAUAUGCAUUUGGUGGGAACCAGUUUGGGCAGCUGGGAACUGGUUCCGAUCAAGCUGAGACUCUACCAAGACUGCUGGAUUGUCCGAGCUUGGAAAAUGUGAAUGUAAAGACCAUAUCUUGUGGGGCUCGUCACACUGCUCUAGUAACAGAUAAUGGAAAAGUCUUUAGCUGGGGAUGGAACAAAUAUGGACAGUGUUGUCUAAGUCGCAAUUUGUGGUUGUGGCAGCUCGGCCUUGGGGAUGUGAUUGACCGAAACAUUCCAUCUGAAGUCGCAAUAGAAGGUUGUAUAGCUAAAAACGUUGCAUGUGGUUGGUGGCACACUCUUCUUUUGGCCGAGUCACCGACUUGAUGUCAUGGCUUCCUCGACCCAAUUUUGUUAGCUAGAUCUUCAAUUUCUUUGGUAAAAAGGGUAAAUCACUAAGUUAUAUGUAUGUGUACAUACAGUAGUGGAAUAAAUAUGCAUAUAAGCUUUGUAUUCUUUCAUGGUGUAAAUUACCAUGACUGGCUCUAGCUAUUAACAACAUGGAUAGUAAUUUCUGGUAUGUGGGAAGGGAAUUUUGGGUCCUUUUCAUCUAUGUAACAUUAUAUUUCAAAGUGUAUAUGUAAGUUUAUAAUUAAUUAGAUACCUUGUUUGUAAGUUGGUAUACUGAGUCCUAACAUGAAGCUGUGGGGGUAUGGGAGAUUUUAUAGAUUAGUAUAUCCAUGCAAGCUGGCAUUUUAAGUCAAUGCUUACGGGCCGAAAUUGUAAUCUUUAUUCAAAUGCAAAUUUUAGUGUUUUCCUCAUUAGUUUUUA